CUAGGUAAUGUGCUCUGGGUGAGACUGCUUGAGCAGGAGUUGGACCAAAUGAACCCAGAGGUGCUUCCAACCUCAGUCCGGAAUUCUGUGACACACUGCUACUUAUUUUUGCACCUGCCUUCUUAAAAUGCUUAUAAAGUGAAAACAUUAAUUUAUUUAUUAAAAGCAAAAACUUGAAUUUCCACAAGGCUUUAGCCAGAAAGAAGGAAAAACAAAACAAAACCCUUAAGACUUCAUUGCCUCAAUUUACAUUAAACAAUUUACUUUUCUCGGUAACUGAACUAAAACUGAACCUGAAAUAUUUAGCAACAUUGUCAUAUUCAGCUAAGCCAUCUUAGUUAUGCUAGUAUAUCUGCAUAGUUAAUUCAAGUUUGCAGCGCAGCAGCUUGGCUCUCAAUCUAGGAGAAUAAUCUUUGUCAAUCCCUCUAAACAAUAUAUGUGACACAAGAGGAUAAAUGCAUGGGAGAUUACAGUGAUGAGAUGACUUGUGUAAUAUCAGUAAUGGAUAAUAUAAAUAAUAACAUGCAGCAUCAGUAGUAAAAUGUAAUGCAGGUAUGAGAUAUAACAAAUUGAAAUCAACUGGGGAAUGAAAAGGAGAAAGGAAAGGCUGGAAUACUGAUAUGGUUAAGCACAUUUUUAGACAAAGUCAAGACAACAGAGCAUUCCAUAAUUUAACCAGUUGGCCUGAUUAUGUUCUUUGCAUUUAUUGUCUUCAAGAACUUAAUCACAACAGCAAAACCAAACAAAAUCAAAAACCAGGAUAAAAUGGGUGAUGUACAAAUGUCCUGGACAAUAUAAAAAGUGAAUUAUUUUUUCUAACUGCAGGUUCUUAGAGCUGGGAAUCUACCUUUGUCAGGAUGUCUUACCUGAUCAGCGAGGAAAAAAAAGUCAAUGAAUAAAUCCAGGUUUUGCACUGAAGUAGGAAACUACAUUUUUAAAAAAUUACUUAUCCCCUCUCCCCCAAAAAAGUAUGGAAAUAGAGUCUAUAUGAAAUUACUGUAAGUUAGAGUUACAGAAUGUUUAUGUUGGAAUGAAGCAUAAUGCCCACCCAGACCCAAACCCGUGUGGGCUGUGAGCUGCCCCGCACCAGCUCAGGCUGUGCUGGGCCCCAUCCAACUUGGCCCUGAGUGCCUCCAGGGCUUCUUUGGGCCGCUAAAUCUCUCCUCUUUUCAUUUAAAAGCAUUCGCCUUUGUCCUCUCACUAGGUGUACAAAUGACUAAAAGCAAUCUUGGCUGUAGAUACCAAAAUUUUUAAAGCGAAAAAGCUGAUUAUACAAGGCUUGCAAGAAUUUGACGUAGCACUGUUUUGCAUUUUUAUAAGGAUUUUGAAUGCAAAAGAAGAUUGGCCAUAGUAAGUGUCAUCUUGCCCUAAAUGAAGAGAUGUUGACCAAAAGUUACUUUGAUGCUUUAUACAGCCGUCCUUUUCUGCCUGCUGGGUGGUGACUUAGGCUUCAUCUUUCUUUUUUGUGAGUAAAGUUAAAUCCCAAUUAUAUAGCACACUAAAAGCUUUGCCAACAUUUACAAAUCUUUACCAUCAAGACAAAUUAAUAGUUGACGUGAGUUACUCCAGUGGUGUUCUGUAAAAAUGCCACACAAAGGCCCUGUUUUCAGAACAAUGUAUUUUUGUAAGAAAAGCCACAUUAAGCCUAACUUUGUAGGAAAUUCAGUUUUAGAUGCUGUAGUUACCUGUCCUAUCUGGUGCCUUAACUCUGGCACUACACAUGCAUCUACCAUUUUUGAUUCAAGUCAGGAUACUCAUAGAAAAGAGGGAAGCACAGGAAAAAAAACUUGUUCAAGAUCUUUAGACAACCAUGUGUGAGUCAGAGACAAAGCAUGCAAAUAAUGAGCCCCAAAUCCCUUGUCACUGAACUAGAGCUGAUUUGUGACCUAGAAGGGCCACAAGGAAAAGUCCUGCUGAAGAUUCAGCACCUCUUGCCCUGACCUAACCUUCUUCCUUUCCCCAUCUUGGUCAUGUUACUGACACCUUAAACAUGUGCACAUUGCAGCAGACCAAGAGCUAAAAAAGUCCUGUUUGGCAGGCAGUGACACACCAGUAGAAGGGUGUCUGGGAUUUCUUUCUGAUUACAGGAGUAAUGGCUGAAGGGAAAUGAAAAGCAAGUAUAAACAGGGGUGGGAAAAAGAGAUGAAUAUCAAGAAGCUUUUGGUGAGCCUACACUGUGCAAUGACCUGAGCUGUUCUGUACCCCCAUUUCUGCACCCUGAGGGCACCCUGAAGGCAGCUCCUGCAGGAUGGUCUAUCCCAGAAGGUGAAUUCAGAGCCUUUUCUGGGAAAGGUAGGAUAUAUGGAGAGUAACCAUUUUUUUAGACAGAGAUUUUUCUCUCACAGCCAGAGACAAGGGUCUCACAGAGGCCACUAACAGAAGCAGCACAACACUCCCAAAGUCCCAGUGCCGGGCUGGGUGCCUGCUGGGAGCUGUAGGCAGCCCACCGGUCUCCCAGCACAGCAGCUGGUUGGAAGCAGAGCUGCCCCAGCAGGGUGAGCACAGCAAGCAGUACGUGACUUCAGGCAGGGCUUCGUGUGGUUUGUCCCACAGGAAAAGUGCUGCUUACAGGGAGAAAAGCAGCAAGAGGAACUCUGCACUCCGAUCUCCUGUUAUCAGGGCAGAGCAGCUCGGCCCUACUGCUUAUCAGCCGUGUCAGACCUCGCUUCGGCCAUGCUGAGCCUCUGUACAGCCUGUCCCUGUGUGCUACAGGGGCCAGAGCCACAGCUGAUGGCUUUAUGUGAGGAAGCGCUUUGAUAAAUGCUGUCACACAUGUGAACAAAGCAGCACUAGUUGUCAUAGGAGCACUGAAGAGAGCCAAUGUUGGACCUCAUUAUUCUGAGCGUUCAUUUCUUCACCUGCUUUCUCAUCUCUGUUUUGAUCUGGUGGGGAUCUAAGGGCAUGGUUUUGCACAGCCCAAGCAAAGGAACAGCUGAAACGGAGCCAGAUGAUCUUGUAUUAGUUGGAAAAGAAGAUGAUAUAAAAAAGUCCCAAAGAAUAACAGCCAAAGUCAACGGCAGAGAAGUUGUUGUUUUCUACCAUGAAGGGAGAUUUUAUGCUCUGGACUCUCGCUGUUACCAUGAAGGUGGCCCUUUAUAUCUUGGAGAAAUAGAGGACAUUGAUGGUCAGACAUGUAUUAUCUGUCCUUGGCAUAAGUAUACAAUCACACUGGAAACAGGAGAAGGAUUAUAUCAAGGAAUAAACCCUUUGGAGCCAUCGCCAACACCACGGUGGCAAUCAAAAGGAGUAAAACAAAGAAUUCAUAAAGUUACAGUGAAGAACAGGAAUGUUUAUGUGAGUCCUCCAGAUAUGUCUGUAAGUUUUGACUCUGAUUAUUUUGCUGAGAAAUACAAAAAUGGUGGUGAUUUAGCUAUGAAAAAAUAAAGCAACUCAGAAGCAGAGGAGCAAGUUUUGGAUAGAAAACAGAAUCUUGCUGAAUGUCUCUAUACAGAAAUGAAAAUAUAACACGGCUGUCAAGAUUGUUAAUUGUUUAGAUUAAAUUCUAAUGUUAAUAUAAUGAACUCAGGGUUGUAGAAAUCAUAAGAUAAGAAGAUCUGCGAAGCUGGGGAUAUGACUGAGCCUGUGCCAGUGGUUUUUUGUUUUUACUCUGAAUUUCAAAGACACUUAUUUGCAGCAGAACUCCUAAUAUUUUUAAAUCCUCUUUUGUUAGAAUUAUUUUAAGUUUCAGGAUGAAAUGUCAUAUAUUACUACAUACUAAAUAUUUAUUAGUUCAAGAUAAAUAGUCUAGUAUAAAGGUUAUGUUCAUAUAUGCAACAGUUUGUACUUAGUGCCUUCUGUUUAACUGAUGUAGAAUAACUUUGUAGAUAUAUGAGAAAUUUCUGCAUUUUUUUGUAAAUCUGAAAGGCCAGAUUUUCACAAGGAGAAGUGCAAAAUUUAAGCAAAUUUUCAUAUUCAUUUUUAUGCCUAUUUCUGUGUUGCUACAAAAAUUUUAUGAAAGCAUUUAUUUGUCUUCUCUUUAUUGAACUCUUCAUCAAAUAAUUAGAUAUAUAUUUGUCAUGUGUAAAUUGUUCUUCCUGAUUCUAUUGUUGAAUAAGAAAGAAACUGUUCAGUAAAAAAAGUGAUACGUAA